AUGCACAACUCUGAUUCCUACGAUUUUGUUCUCGCAAACGCGGCACUCAUGGUAUUAUCCCACAGAGUCUCACCAUGGGUAGCAAGUUACAUGAUCAGUGUGACAUCCAUGGAGUCGCCACGGGUGCUACGACGGAUCAUUAUGUCAUUCCUGAACAAAGCACCGGCGGAGUAUCUCAGCCUUGUCCGGUCAGUGCUCGACUCUCCCGACGUGGAGGCAGGAGUCGAGAAUGGGCUGAUACAGGAUUCACCCGGAGCUGAGGCACCGUCACUCAACGCGGCGCAUCUACUAGCCAUGGAUAUCUUUGCUCAUUGGCUGGUCCUUGUCAUGUUAUUGGAUGGUGUGUGGUGGAUUGGUGAUAUUGGACAGUGGGAACUAAGUCAGGUUCUGUCCUUGACGAAGACCCAGAAUGUGCUUGGCUGGUCAGUAGAUACUCGCGAAACGUGGUGGCCCGAGAGCAUGUACUUGGUUAAGCGGGAGCUCAACUCCAAUGUCCUGCACGGUACAGUUCAGGGCACGGUCAACAGUACAUACCCUCACGUUCGUCAAUUCUGGGGGAUUCCCUUUGCGCAAUCUCCGGUUGGGAAUCUUCGCUGGCUUCCUCCUCACUCUCUCCCCGAUAAUGCUACAUUAAAUUAUAUCAACGCAACCGCGCCGCCUCCUGCUUGUCCACAAAGCACUAGUGCCUCGAAUGUAUUCGCUAAAUAUGAACCCGAAAUCAUGAUCGUAGGAGGCACCAGUGAAGACUGCUUGACUCUGAGUAUCUGGGCUCCGAACAACGGCAAGGACCUGUCGGACUUGCCGGUCAUUAUUUGGCUGUUUGGUGGUGAGUGGAGGAUUGGUGGAACCGAUGUACCUGCGUGGAAUCCAUCGUCCUGGGUAGAGCGCUCUCAGGAACAUAUCGUGGUUGCCGUGCAGUAUCGCGUGAAUGUGUUCGGAUUCCCUGCUUCCAGAGCGCUCCAGGAUCAAAACUUGGGGAUACUCGAUCAGCGCGCAGGGGUCGAGUGGGUCCAAAAGAACAUCGCUCAAUUCGGAGGAAACCCCGAGCGAAUGAUUCUUUGGGGUGAAAGUGCAGGCGCAGGCAGUGCCGAUAUCCUGAACUUCGCUUAUCCCGACGAACCGAUCGUGCAGGGCUUUGCAGCCGACUCCGGCUCGGUUUUUCUCACGCUCAACACUCGCUCGACAGACGCCGCGGGCACGAACUUCUCGACGGUGGCUUCGUACUUCGACUGCUCAGGGUCCGCUCAGCACGAGCUAGAUUGCUUGCGCCAAGUCCCAGCAUCGGAGAUCACGGCUUAUCUGGCCACUUCGAACGGCUCCAGUUUGACAUUCGCCCCGUUUAUCGAUAACGAAGUCGUCUUCGGCAACUAUACCGAGCGCUACCUGCAGAACCGCCUCUCGAAUAAGCCUGUUCUCUUCGGCUCAAAUCUGGACGAGGGUACGCUCUGGUAUAAUGCUUCUAACACUGCCGCAGCCCAGGACAUGACGCUGUCCUAUUUCCAAUGCCCUGUCCCCUAUUCUGUCGCUCAUCGACAAUCGCUCGGCCUAACGACGUACCGGUACCAGUAUCGGGGCAAUUUCACCAACAUCUCGCCCGAGGUGGGGCUAGGUGCCUAUCAUACCUCCGAACUCCCUCUUAUUUUUGGUACGUCUGGUAUAUACGGUCCUGACAGCCACUUUGAGAAGGCUGUCAGUGUUAAAAUGCAGGAUUUGUGGGUCGCGUUUGCCAAGGACCCCGAGGAUGGACUUGUACAUCAAGGGUGGCCAAAGGCGGCGAGUACGGAUGGGAAAGUUAUGAUAUUGGCGGACAGUGAUAGUCACACUGUCUCUACUGUAAUGGCUGAUAGAGCCAUCGAUGAUGCUUGCCAUGGCUACUAUUCAUCGUACUAG